AUGACCUACACCAUCUUGCACUUCAUGAUACUUACUAGAGCUUUGGGGGUUGAGAAAAUCAAGCUCAAUGCGACGGUGGGGCUAUCACAUUCAACGAAUGGAUUUAUUGCGAUACUCCGUCAUUUAUUAAAUCAUGUGAAUCAGCUUGGAUAUUUCCUCGGAAAAAUAUUAAUGAAACCUGAAACUACAUCAAAUUCUGGAAGUAACAGAAAAUGA